UCAAGAGGUUCCAGUGCCAGUGGCCGGGCUGUGAGUGGCGCACAAACCACACGCAACAGCUGGAGAUCCAUCGGAUGCGCUCUCACGAGGGAAAGAAGCUAUACUUCAAACGCUAUAAGUCGAAGAACAACUCAAACCCCAACUCCGACUACGACUACAAGGGUGUGCUCAAGAAGUUUGGCUGCGAUUGGCCCGGAUGUGGGCGACGGUUCCGCUUCGAGAACAAUCUCCAGACACACAUCAAAGCCCAUCAACGAUCUACAGACGAUUCGGUUGAACCCAAAGCACCAAAAAAACCGGCCAAAAAAUAUAAACAAAAAUAUAAAUACCGGAUUCCGAAAGAGACCAAAGUUAACAAGAAGUAUCCGUGCGAAUGGCCCGGAUGUACGGCCAAUCCUAUGCCCAAAACUAUGCUGAAGCAACACAUGAACAGACAUAAGGGCGUUAAGCCGUUCGCUUGCGAUCACUGCGACAAAUGCUUCUCAUAUAGAAGUACUCUAAGAAGUCAUAUCCAAUCCAACCAUCAAUUGGCUGAAGAGACCAUCGAAAGGGAGUUCAAGUGUCCGUUUGGUGACUGCACCCGAUCUUUCAGUACAAAGAAAGGCAUCGACUUUCACAUUAAGAGAGCUCAUCAAAAUGAUAACGAAAGCAAUUUUAGCCAAACGCGUGACAGUUGUGAUAAUAGCUAUAAUAAUAGCGUUAUGACGAUUAGCGAAACGCCGAGUCCUCAAUAUAUGGGCGUUCAGUCAAAUGUGAUCCGUUUGGAGCGCAUUCAGGCCUUCAAUUCCAUGCGAAUCAACGGCCCGUACGAACGGUAUGAACACCAUUACGAGUCUAUGGGUUCGCCCGCCGGCCUCACCAAUCGCUCCACUCAUACAACUGCCGAGAAAUUGCUGACAAAUGCUCUGAGAGCUCAACGCGGCGUCAGAAUUGUGAGACCAACUCAACGACAAUCCAUCGAGACUUCGCCGCCGGUCAACACCGAGACUAUUAUCAAGGAGUUGCCCAUCGCUUGCACUCAUGAUCGCUGUUGGCGACGAUUCAAGUCAACGAAGGCUCUCGAAUACCAUCUCAAGAAGUUUCACCCGUAGUUGUGUUGAAUGACUUUUUCACUUUUAC